ACUAUCGGUCGAACAGUUUAUGAAAGAUGAGGCGCGAAAUAGUCUGAGUUUAUUCAUAAGUAAAUGUCAAGAUAUCGAUGAAAUGAUAGGUCCGACCUCUCCUAUCAGUCCAAAUCAAUUAUCACACUUUAAUUCUUCACAUUUCUCUCAAAUAUUUGAGAGGAUUGAUGAAGAAGACGACAGCGAUUCAGUGGCAGUCGAUGUAUCAGAUGUUAAAGUUCACUACGGAUUAGCUAUUAAACCAACCGUGGAGGCCUAUACUGAAGAAAUAGAUUCCAGUGCUGUCAGGAUUAGAGAAAAUAAAGCUCUUUCCGGACAUUUAUCCAAAAUUAGUGAAGAAAUUGAGGACAACUUCACUGAAAUACAUGUGAAUCCAGUUUAUGAAAACAGUUUUACAAAAGCACAGGAGAUGGUAAAGAAGUUGAUAGAGAAACUGUUAAACUCAAGCGGACGAGAGCUCAGGAGAGCACUGUUUUCAUUAAAACAAAUAUUUCAGGAUGACAAAGAUCUGGUACAUGAGUUCAUUGUCCACAAAGGACUCGCUUGUCUUAUUAAAGUGGGCUCUGAAGCCGAUCAAAAUUCUCAGAAUUAUAUCUUAAGAGCAUUAGGACAAGUGAUGCUUUACGUGGACGGCAUGAAUGGUGUCAUUGAACACAAUGAGACCAUUCAAUGGUUUUAUACUCUCAUCUCAUCUCAGUACCGAUUAGUUGUAAAAACAGCACUAAAACUACUUCUGGUAUUUGUUGAGUACUCGGACAGCAAUUGUUUGCUUUUAGUCAACUCUAUAGACACCGUUGACUCCGAAAGAGGAUUGAAACCGUGGACUAAUAUAAUGAACAUAAUUAGUGAAAAAGAUUUGGCAGACAUUGAGUUAAUUAUUAUUUCAAUGACUUUGAUUAAUAAAACAAUGAGUGGACUUCCAGACCAGGACUCGUAUUAUGACGUUUCCGAUGCACUCGAAGAUCAGGGAAUGGAGCGAAUUAUUCAGCACUAUAUGUCCAAACAGGGAACUGAUAAGGAAUUGUUACAACAGUUCCGCACAUAUGAGACAGUCCUGAGACAUGAGGACGGCGAUGACGACGGCAGACCUGAGACCCAGAAAAUGAUUGUUCGCCACAAAAGUAGUAUCGGAAUCGAUAAGAACCGACGUAAGAGUAGACGUCAUUCGUUUGGAACCAUUCAGUCAGUCGGCAAUAAUCAUAAGACACAGAUUAUGACUAAUGGCAACAAAAACAACGGCAAUCUUCCGUCGUGGCAAAGAAAAGUGAUUCAACAGACAGAACAGUACAACAAAAAAUUAAUUAACAACAACAACAACAAUGUGAACACAAAUGACUUCGAAGACAUUCAUACAAAUUUAAGAUUAAGAAAGAGCUGUGAUUUGCGUCAAAAGUGUUUGAUUAAAGAACAUGAGAUUAACCAAAGAUCGAGUAUCUCUUCGUGCAGUUCUAACAGUUCUGCCGACUCUUACGGAAGUUUUGCCUCUUAUGGCAGUUAUGGCAGCGGAGAAGAAAAGUUAUCAGCCGUUGAAACCAUCAAAAUUCUUCCGCCAUCAAUGUUUGACAAGAAUGUUGAUGACAAUAACAAGAAGAAUCAUCAGAUCUCAUAUCACAGCAAACAAAAUAUUACAACAAAUCAAUGGGAAAAUAAUAAUAAUAACACUUCUUUUAAUAAUUUAAAUAAUAAUAUCAAUAGUAAUAAUAAUUAUGUGAAAAAUGAUAAUUCAAAUGGUGUUAAGUCAAAGUUAAAUGAUAUAACCUCUCAUAUUAGUGGACAGUAUGUUGUGAACAAACAGACAGUGAAUGAUAAAAAGUGGAUGAUUUCGACGUACGCUAAGAACUUUGAAGAGCAGACAAAUCUAGUGAAUGGCAAACAAAUGCCAAUUAAUAACAACUGGAAUUCAAAUACCAAUACCGACAGUAUAAUUGAAAAUCAUUUAAAAUCCUCAAACAAUGUCCGCACAAUUAAAGAGAAAAUUAUGAAACCAGUGAUAAACACAACAGUGACCGACCCUAUGAUUAGUGGAAGUCUACAGAGAUUAAUCAGUGCCAAAGAAUCAUUAUCUGAUCCAAAGUGUCAGCACGAGUUCUUACAGUGGGAUCAGAUUGUUAAUACAUUGUCGCGACCCCUUCUUAUCAAUGAUUUGGACUUUACUGAUCUUAGAGACGACGACGACACCGAUAUCUUAAUUGCCAACAGUCAUGUGUCAAAUACACCUCCUUUUAAUACUAAUAAUUUAUUGCCGCCCCCACCGCCACCAAUGUGUAGUACACCUCCUCCCCCACCACUACCUAACUCAGGUGCAAUUACACCACCGCCACCUCCAUUUGCUACACGUAUGGGAAACUUGUCGUCGCAAUUGUUUUGUAAUCAAAGGUCACAAAGUACACCAUCGCCGACGCCAUCACCCGAUUUGUCUAAUAAUUCAAAGCUAAUACCAAAGAAUAAAAAAACAAUUAAAUUGUUUUGGAAAGAAGUAAAAGAAGAUAAAUCAUUAUUAAGUCGGUUAAUGAAGAAGAAGACUAUUUGGGAUGAAAUCAAAAGCGUUUCGGUCGACACUCAACGUCUGGAACACCUGUUUGAAAGUCGGGCCAAGGAGUUAGUCAAUAAGAAAGGUCAGGAAUCGUCAAAAAAGAGUGAAAUACUAGUGUUGGACACUAAGAGGUCGAAUGCAAUCAAUAUAGGAAUGACAAAACUACCGCCGCCUCACAUCGUCAAGACUGCUAUCUUGAAGAUGGACUCAACUAUUAUGAACAAAGAAGGUAUUGAAAAGAUAUUGUCAACAAUGAUGCCAACGGACGACGAGAAGAAUAAAAUACUUGAGGCACAGAACUCCAACCCAGAAGUGCCGUUAGGAUCAGCUGAGGCUUUCCUGUUGACUCUCUCUUCAAUCACUGCUCUCGAAGCACGACUCAGAUUGUGGGCGUUUCGCUUAGAUUAUGAUUCAAUGGAGAGAGAAGUGGCCGAACCAUUGAUGGACUUAAAACAAGCGACGGCUGAACUGGAAAAAUGUGAAAGUUUUAGGAUUGUUUUGGGAACUCUGCUGGCAAUCGGUAACUUUCUUAAUGGUGUCGAAGUAAAAGGUUUUCAAAUCGAUUAUUUAUCGAAAGUACCCGAAGUUAAAGACACGGUUCACAAAAACUCAUUACUUCAUCAUUUGUGUCAUAUAGUAAUGGAAAAGUAUCCCAAAAGUAGUGAUUUGUACAGUGAAUUAGGAGCUGUUUCCAGAGCUUCGAAGAAAGAUUUUGAUGAAGUGUCUAAAAGUUUACAAAAAAUGGAAAUGGAUUGUAAAGCUUCGUGGGAACACUUGAAAGUGAUCGCCAAACACGACGGUUCAACGCCAAUGAAAGUACGGAUGUCUGAGUUCUUAGCCGAUUGUGCCGAACGUAUCAUUGUUUUGGGAAUUAUUCACAGAAGAGUUAUCAAUAGAUUCAAAAAAUUUCUUGUAUUUUUGGGACUUCCUUCUCAUCAACUGAAGGAAACCAAACCUAACUCUGUAUUGAAGAUUAUAAGCGAAUUUGCAUUAGAGUACAGAACUACAAGAGAGAGGGUUAAGGAACAGUUGGAGAAAAAAGCUAAACAUAAGGAAAAACAGAAACAAAACAAAGAAAAAAUUAAUACAGAAACAAACAAAGUUAAGGCAAAAGCUUUGGAAGCGGAUCACGAACUCAAACAAAUACUAAUCAGUGGAAGUGAUUAUGAAUCAGAAGGUUGUGGCGGACGACCCACCAAAUGGGGUACACUUCCCGGCACUAAAUUAAGGCGUCCAUCGAGUGGAUCGAUGACUAACUUGUCAAACAUUAACUCAACGACAACCCAUUCCCGACCUCCCGCUCACUUCAGACACAGUGUUAACAUCGAGGCCUAUACUGAAGCCGACGACGAGAUUAUUGAGAGUUUUAUGAGAACCACAACACAACCCAAUCGUACUGAACCCAGAAAUAGACGAAAAGUUAGAUACGAAAGGGCUUCGUCCGUCAAUACUAGACGUACUCUGAAGAAUGGUUUAGAUUUAUCAGAAGAGGAACGCCUAAUGUUGUCCACUCUCUCCACUUGAUAUGAUUGAGUCCUUCACUAUUUUAUUCGCAUUUUAUAAAAAACU